CGUGUACUGUCGACAAAACAAAACCCAGUACUAGACGAGCCAUCAGCUGAUGUGCCCAGCCUCGUCGCCAAACAAGUCUUACUCUAUGCAACAGCAUUAAAACCUGACCACAUCAUAAACAUUGACACGUCUCCUAACAUUGCUGCUCGUGCAGUCACCUGGAAGAGAAAUCUUAACGCAAACUGUUUUGGCUCUGGUCCCUGAUAGGCCAAACAGGACUUGUGCAACUGAUAUAAACCCCAGUAGUGGUGCUGAGAUGGCUUCAGUGUGUCACUGGAGCUCCACCAGAAAGAGUUCAUUACAUUGUUUCAUUACAUUCAACACUGGUUAUUUGUAUCCCUAGAUGUAAAUCACCAUGAAAGUAUUAUCUAUGAUGGGACGACGGCAUUUUCGUCUAGGACAGCACAGGCAAUUUUACAGGAUCUUGAGGUCAACUGGGGUUUUUAUUGUCAUCACAUUUUUUACUGUUUGGGUAUUGCUGCCCCUUGUCUUUCACUACUCACCUGGACUGCAACGCUUCAUUGUGUUUCUCCACACAGUUGCCAGCCAUGUAGAUUUCUCCAGACCUGAACUUCUUGGUCUACUUGGAACCCGGAAUUUUUAUCUGACAACUGAUAAAGAUGUUUCUGUUGGAAUGUGGCACAUCUUGCCACUCUCUCUGGUUCACUCUGCUCCUGAAGUAAAAUCUGAUGAACGUGACGCAUGGUUCGAGAAAAGCUUGAAAAAUGGUGACCCAAUUAUUCUUUAUUUACAUGGUAAUAAAGGUUCCAGAGGAGAGAAGCACAGAAUAGAAAUGUAUAAUGUCCUUCGUCAAAUGGAUUACCAUAUUAUCACCUUCGAUUAUAGAGGCUAUGCAGAUUCAUCAGCUGUUGACCCAAGUGAAGAAGGUUUGGUAAUGGAUGGAAAGGUUAUCUUUAAUUACCUCCUUGAGAAUGCUGGUACAUCCCCAAUUUUUGUCUGGGGUCACUCACUUGGUACUGGCGUGUCAUGUCAUGCAGUAUCAGAACUGUGCAGAGAGAAUAAAUGCCCACGAGGGUUGGUACUUGAAGCACCAUUUAAUAAUCUUCAUGAUGAAGUGUUACUUAAUCCUUUAUCUCGGGUCUUUCUCCACUUGCCAUAUUUUGACUGGGCUUUCAUAGAUCCUCUGAGAAAAAUUGGAGCCGAAUUCCAGAGUGAUAAACAUAUUGUCCACAUUACUUGCCCAAUUGUCAUUCUUCAUGCUCAUGAUGAUAAUAUUGUGCCUAUUGAGCUUGGACGCAAGCUUGAGAGAGCAGCACAGCAGAGACAACUUAGAGAAGGUUUACCACUCAAGUUUAUUCAAUUUGAUGCUAAAUUUGGUUAUGGUCACAAUCACAUAUCCAGAGCACCUGAGUUUGAAGCAGUUAUAAGAGAUUUUAUCAGUGGUGCAUAAAGGAUGGCAAGCAAUUUUAAUCCCAGGACAAAGCAAGAAGGGGAAAGAGAAAAAACUUGAAGAAUUGGAGAAACAAAUUAAGCAUUUAAUUUAUUGUAAUGAUAUUCAUUACUGGUUUGACAGUGCAUUUUCUGGAAGGAGCUCCUUGGUGGCUUCCUGAAGCUGUAUCGCUGAGAUAGCUUCCCACUACCGAGUCACAUCAGUCAUAGGACAUCAGUCAUAGCGUACCGGAGACCAAAGCAAGAACUCGGUCACUUCAUAAAGGCAGAGAGAGAGAGAGAGAGCUGAGGAAUGUUAUGAUUACCCCACACCAAGAAAAUAUCAAGAAAGGAGGCGAACAAUACAAACAAUUGCAUGGUUUACAAAAACGAAACAUUGAAACUGCCAACAUACUUUGCAAGAUACACUCAAAACAAAUUGCUUCAUGGAGCCAAUGGGGCUCUACCAGAAAAAGGCUUUUCAUUACAUUUAAUGCUGUUUUUUAUGUAAAAUAGGUAUUAAUUUGAUAUUCAAAGCUUUGAAGAUAUUAAGAUGUUUCCCUUAGAUCGUUCAAACCUUAUUCAAAUUCCCUAGGAUGUUCAAACCUUAUUCAAAUUCCCUUAGAUGUUCAAACCUUAUUCAAAUUCCCUUAGAUGUUCAAACCUUAUUCAAAUUCCCUUAGAUGUUCAAACCUUAUUCAAAUUCCCUUAGAUGUUCAAACAUGGUACAACCCUUGAAAUUCACAUGUGUAUAAAUUAAUAAAUAAAUAAAUAUAUAUAAAUAUAAUAUAAUUCGCAA